AUGUGGUUCGUAAAGAAAGGAAAUCAUGAGUUUAUCAUCUCGACGAUUAAUGAUGAUGAUGAUGAUAGAGUAGACAAGAUGAAAACUUCUUACGUGAAAACAACGAGAAAUGCAAUUGAAAAUGUCAGAGUUGUGAUCUAUUUUUGUUCAAGAAUUUUAUUUCUGUCUGUAGGAAUUGUCAAAGGAAUUUCUCAAGUUGCAAGUUUUGUUCUUAUUUUGACAUGGGAUGACAUCACUAUUGGAUAUUCGCAACUCGCUUUUCGCGAUUUUCUAAAGCUUCCCCCUUUUGCUCUAAACAUGAACAAAGGAAACUCUUAUGAAUUAUGUGAAUCCAACAAAGAAAAAUUAUUAUUAUUCAGCAGCUCGUGA